AAUAGCAUCAAUUCGAUUUGAGCCUUCAAUUAGUGCGAAUAUCAAAUAUAUUUUUUUGAGUCUCUUCAAAUCAAUUUCAUCGUUUUCACGACAAAUUUUAAUCAAGUGCAAAAAAAUGGCUUUCAUUAAGACUUCAGUUGUUUUGGUUGCACUAUUCGGUGUAUGCAUGUGCAGUGUUUUGGUGCCCGGUGUUGCUCCUCCACUUGCUCAAUUUGCGCCAUUUGCACCACGUGUAUUGGCUGGACCAGCCGUUGCUGUGCGUCCAGAACCAUACGAUCCAGCACCACAAUACGCAUUCGCCUAUAAUGUACAAGACCAAUUGACCGGCGAUCAUAAAAGCCAACAAGAAACUCGCGAUGGUGAUGUGGUCAAAGGAUCAUAUUCAUUGGUUGAAGCAGACGGUUCUCUUCGUACCGUUAUUUAUACUGCCGACCCGAUAAACGGUUUCAAUGCUGUUGUUGAGAAGACACCUCUUGUUCACAAAGCUGCCGUUCCAGUUGCACACGCACACGCAUUGCCGGCUCCAAUCGCUCCAGCAGCAGUGCCACUUCCACAUGCUUUGCCCGCACCAUUUUUCCCAUCGGCUCCAGUUGCGCCAGCAUUUUCAGCAGCAGUGCCGGCACCAGCAUUUCCAUUCGCAUCACGCGUUGUUUCGCCAGUGACACGUAUUUUCUAAAUAUAUAUAUAUAUCAUCAAAACCGUUCCGAAAUGAUUCAAAUCAACGAACGAGCAUAAUGUGCUUUCUCAAUUACGUUGUUAUAACUGUUGUAUGUGUAUGAUUAAGUGAGCUCAUUCGUACAUCUACGAGACUUGUGUUCCUUCGAAAGACUUUUUUCUUGUUUCUGUAAUUUUAUCGAGAAUGUAUAGUUAUUGUUACGUAAUUAAUUUUUUUUUUAUUUUUAUCGGUUAGUUCGUUAUGUUUAGAUCUAUGUUGAACGGAGUGAAUAUGAAUGGAAAUUCAUCGUUGAAUCGGUGAAUCGGAAUAUGUAAAAAAAGUAGUAUUUAUAUAAUGACAAUUAUUAAAGAGAUCAAAACAUA